AUGAUAACCGGUGAAACCGAACCUGCCUGUGUGGAGGAUGCGAGUCAGCUGGCGGAGCAACGUAACGGGGCACCGGUGAUGGAAGCCGGCUGCGCUGCCGUACCCGUGGAAGCCAACGCUACCAAGCGAGGGUACUGGCGCCAGCGGACCCUUCACUCGUGGUUUAUAGGCCGAAAACCACAGCGAACCUGUAUAGCUGUCGAUAUUGAUGAAGUGCUGGCGUUUUUUGUACCGGAACUCUGUGCUUUUCAUAACAAGCGGUACGGAACGCGGCUGCAAGCCACUGAUUUCCACAGUUAUCGCUUUGCGGAGGUCUGGGGCGGUACCGACACGGACGCGAUUCGAAAAGUGCACGAGUUUUUUCGCACGCCUGCGUUUCAGGAGCUCCAGCCGAUACCAGGUGCAAAGCAGGUCCUUCAGUCGCGGCUGGCUCGCUUUCGCUUCGUCGUGGUGACCUCUCGUCAGUUGGUGAUUGAGCAAGAAACGCGCGCAUGGUUAGACAAGCACUUUAGCGGUAUUUUUGAAGCAAUCUACCUUGGUAAUCAAUGGGCGCUACACCCCAAUGGUGAACACGGUACCGGAGUCGGUAGCGCUGCACAGGAACCGCAGCGUCUCUUUGCGAACAGGCGCCGCAAGUCCCAAGUCUGUAAGGCCUGCGGCGCGGCCGUCUUAAUCGACGACUUGCCCCACAAUCUGCUGGAUUGCUCGGAAAAUGGUGUGUUUGGUGUUCUUUUUGACUUUCAGGGGCAGUACGGAUGGAGUAAAUCUCCUGCAUUCGAGUCAAAGGAUAUCGCCGUUGUGCAUUCAUGGGAAGCGGUAGGAGAGCUCCUUGACCGGCUCUAG